UUGUCCGGAGCUCGGCGUGCUGUCUGUGCGUGUGUCCACCUGUACAGGAGCAGUUCGGAUCUGUAUUUUGUGUUUUUGACGCUUUGGUGCCAGUUUUUAUCAGUUUUUCAGUAUGGACGUUACCGCAGCAGCCGCGGAGCAUGCCGGGGAAAUGGUCAAAGAUGAGUUGGCUGAAAAAUGUCAGAAGUUAUUCCAGGCUUUCUUGGAGGAGUUUCAGACCGGGGAUGGGGAGGUGAAGUACGUCCGGGAGGCUGAGGAGCUGAUUAGGCCUGAGAGGAACACUCUGCUGGUGAGCUUCACAGACCUGGAGGGCUUCAACCAGGAGCUGGCGACCACCAUCCUGGAGGAAUACUACAGAGUGUAUCCCUACCUUUGUCGGGCCGUUCGCAACUUUGCAAGGGAUCAUGGGAACGUUCCCCUCAAUAAAGAGUUCUACCUCGCCAUCCAGGAUCUGCCAAGUAGACACAAGAUUCGUGAGCUGUCGUCCAUGCGCAUUGGCACUCUGGUGAGGAUCAGUGGUCAGGUGGUGAGGACACACCCGGUGCACCCUGAACUGGUGAGUGGUACCUUCCUGUGCAUGGACUGCCAGGCUGUGAUCAAAGACGUCCCUCAGCAGUUCAAAUACUCCCCACCAACCAUCUGCAGAAACCCCAUCUGCAACAACCGCUCCCGCUUCCACCUGGACACGCACAAAUCCAAGUUCAUCGACUUCCAGAAGGUUCGUAUUCAGGAGACGCAGGCGGAGCUGCCUCGCGGUUCCAUCCCACGCUCCCUGGAGAUCAUUCUGAGGGCCGAGGCGGUGGAGACGGCUCAGGCUGGAGAUCGAUGCGACUUCACGGGAACCCUCAUCGUCGUACCGGACGUGUCUCAGCUCAGCACUCCGGGGGUGCGUGCAGAGACCAGUACCCGCGUGGCUGGUGGACCACAGGGCUUUGAGGCUGAAGGUCUGAGGGGGUUAAAGGCUUUAGGGGUCAGGGAGCUCUCGUACAGACUGGCCUUCCUCGCCUGCAACGUGGCCCCGACAAACCCACGAUUUGGAGGCAAAGAGCUGCGAGAGGAGGAGCAGACCGCUGAAAGCAUCAAAAGCCAGAUGACAGAAAAAGAGUGGGAGAAAGUGUUCGAGAUGAGCCAAGACAAGAAUCUUUACCACAACCUGUGCACCAGCCUCUUCCCCACCAUCCACGGAAAUGACGAGGUGAAGCGCGGCGUCCUGCUGAUGCUGUUUGGAGGCGUUCCCAAGACGACCAUGGAGGGAACUUCACUGAGAGGGGACAUCAACGUCUGCAUUGUGGGAGAUCCAAGUACUGCCAAGAGCCAGUUCCUUAAACAUGUGGAGGAGUUCAGCCCCAGAGCGGUUUACACGAGCGGCAAAGCCAGCAGCGCAGCCGGUUUAACGGCGGCGGUGGUCCGAGAUGAGGAGUCGCACGAGUUUGUCAUCGAGGCCGGGGCACUGAUGCUCGCCGACAAUGGUGUGUGUUGCAUCGAUGAGUUUGACAAAAUGGACCUCAAGGACCAGGUGGCCAUCCACGAAGCCAUGGAGCAGCAGACCAUCAGCAUCACCAAGGCUGGAGUCAAGGCCACGCUGAACGCUCGUACAUCCAUCCUCGCUGCUGCCAACCCCGUCGGCGGACGCUACGACCGCAGCAAGAGUCUGAAGCAGAACGUCAACCUGACGGCGCCCAUCAUGAGCCGCUUCGACCUGUUCUUCAUCCUGGUGGACGACUGUAAUGAGGUCACAGACUACGCCAUCGCCAGACGUAUUGUGGACCUUCACUCGCGUGUGGAGGAAUCCGUGGACAGACUGUAUUCACUGGAUGAGAUCCGCAGAUACCUGCUGUUUGCCAGACAGUUCAAACCAAAGAUCUCCAGUGAAUCGGAGGAGUUCAUUGUGGAGCAGUACAAGCGUCUUCGUCAGCGCGACGGCUCUGGGGGCGUGUCCAAAUCUGCCUGGAGAAUAACUGUUCGGCAGCUGGAGAGUAUGAUCCGUCUGUCCGAGGCCAUGGCGCGGAUGCACUGCUGCGACGAGGUGCAGCCCAAACAUGUGAAAGAAGCCUUCCGUCUCCUGAACAAAUCAAUCAUCAGAGUAGAGACGCCCGACAUCAAUCUGGAGCAGGAUGAUGAGCUGGAAGAAGAGGAGCAGCAGGAGGAGGAAGGAAACGUUCCUAAUGGAGUGAAUGGUGUCAACGGCGUUAACGGCCAUGUCGAUGGAAUAAACGGUCAUGUCAACGGCCAUGUAAAUGGAAUAAAUGGCCAUGUGAAUGGUGUCAACGGCCACGCUGAGCCCGGCAGCCAGCCCAAACCGUCUCUCCGCCUGUCAUUUGCAGAGUACAAACGUAUCGCCAACCUGGUGGUUUUACAUCUACGCAAAGCAGAGGAGGGUGAGGAAGAGGAGGAGCUGAAGAAAAGCGCAGUGGUGAACUGGUAUCUGAAGGAGAUCGAAGCGGAGAUCGAGUCAGAGGAGGAGCUCAUUAAUAAGAAGGCGCUCAUAGACAAAGUCAUCCACAGACUGGUGCACUAUGAUCACAUCCUCAUCGAGCUGUCUCAGUCCGGGCUGAAGGGAUCCGAACCCACAAGCACGGAACAAGAGGUGGUCCUGGUCGUCAACCCAAACUACGUCCUGGAAGAUUAAGAUCGUCUUCUUUUUUCCUCCAUUGCCUCAUAUGCCUUUUGAUUCCUUCACCAAUAAAGUUGACGUUCAGUGUGCUUUUGGAUGCUCAGAAAAAACAAAUACAUGCAUAAUAGUAGCAUUGGAUGUGUUUUUAUGCUUUUUGUGAUGUUUGCAUCUGCUACACAGAGAAAAGGUUCUGGGGCUCUUUAGAAAAUAAGGUGUUUUCUUAGUCAAACUGACUUGUAAAUAUACUGUUGUCUUUGUCCAGUCAUUUGCUGGUUUCUGUUUGUUUGACUCUGAACUUUGUUGUUUAUCAUUAACUGUAUAUUUGAGGCAAACAAAAUGGUUCUUCAGAAUUUCAUCACUUAUUGUUUGUCCUUUUGUAAAAUUAUGACAUGUUUUGAAUAAGGAUGUUCCAUAAAUAAAACUUUGUU